AUGUGUAGAUUUGAGAUGGUAUUCAAUCGUAUUCAACCAAGGGUAUAUUACGAUUUGUAUAAGAGUGUUUUGGCUGUUCAUGGAGUGUUGAAACUUGAAAAGAUCCAUCUAAGAACGGCAACAAGGGCCAUCUCCGCAGAUGCAGCUGUUGUGGAAAUUCUUAAUGGCCGUAACUAUGUGGAUUGGAGUGUAUUGGUUAAAACUUACUUGUUGGCUCAAGACCUUUGGGAUGUAGUGGAAGAAGAAUAUGAAGAGGACGACGACAACGAAGAAGAAGAAGAAGAAGCUGAUGAUAAGUUCAAAGCUUGGAGGAAGAAGAAUGCCACUGCUUUACAUAAAAUCCAAAUUUCGUGCGGGCAGGAAGCUUUUUCCCUCAUUAGAAACGCCACUUCAGCCAAACGCGCUUGGGAUACUUUGGCAGAAAAGUUCAAGCCAAAACCAGAUGCUGCAAUUCCUGCCAAGCAUGAUCCGUAUCAACCUUUCUUCGCUGCUGUUAAGCUUGGUGAUUGGCGUAAAGCGAAGGAAUUUCUUACCCGAGAUCCCAAUGCAAUAAGAGCAAGAUAUUCAACAGGAGGUACAGCUCUUCACAUUGCAACCAAGUUCGGACAUGAGCAUAUUGUGGAAGAGUUGGUUCAGUUGAUGACACCGGAAGACUUGGAAAUGCAAGAUGGUACUUGGACAGCUCUUCAUAUUGCUGCAAGAUUAAAUCUCAAAAUGGUUGAAUGCAUGGUUACAAAGAACAAGAAACUACUUGGCAUUGUUGAAGAGUCCCACCGUCUGACACCAAUUCUCUUCGCUGCUAAGAAUGACUUAUGGGAUAUCGUUCGUUAUCUCUACUCCGUCACUCCGAUCCAAGACCUAAUGCCAGAGAAUGGCCCUUAUGGCGCUGGACUUAGGGACCCGGGACAUUAG